AGAGCACCAGACACUGGAAAGGCGUUAUGGCAGGAACCAGUCUAGGGGCCCGCUUCUACCGGCAGAUCAAAAGACAUCCGGGGCUCAUCCCAAUGAUCGGUUUCAUUGGCCUGGGCAUGGGCAGCGCUGCACUCUACUUACUGAGACUGGCCCUACGCAGCCCGGACGUAUGCUGGGACCGGAAGAACAACCCAGAACCCUGGAACCGUUUGAGCCCCAAUGACCAAUACAAGUUCCUUGCGGUUUCCACUGACUAUAAGAAGCUGAAGAAGGACCGGCCAGACUUCUAAACAGACUGGGUUCAUGAGUUCGAUGUAAACCACACACUCAUUUCUUCCAUUCCCUGCUCUCAGACCCUGGGGCAUCAGUCUGGCCAUUCUGUCAAGUUCCUGCUUAUACAGGCUUGGUUCCCACGCAGAGAACGCAACUCCAACCCCCACCAUCCUCCCUCAUUCCCAUCAGCGGAAGCGCCUCUGACCCUUGGAUUGAGUCCCACAUGGGGGAGGGGAGUCAGGGCGGCAAGCAGCAGCUGGGUCCAACCCAAAGGGCCCAAGCCAGCCCCUCUGCUCUCCUACCCUGUACUUGCAGGGUGUGGUGCAAGCUACGUGUUAAGCGUGGCCUACGUGAGCCAACAGCAAGCAGGGACCUGAGUGCCAAGAGACGUGGCAGGCCCCAUGUUAACCCAGGCUCUGGGUGCCUGCCCAGGGGUGGUGCUGCUCAGGCUCGACUGGGCUCGUCGCCUAUGCCCAGCCUGCCUAGGCUGAGGCACCCAUGCCAUGUUACAUGCUCCUCCCUUGCCCAAGCCUGCUGCCUCCCACACCAAUAGCACCCCCUCCCUGUACGCACCUGGCCUUCCCCCAGCAGCUUCCCACUGCUCCUCUCCCCUCCCUUCCCUUGCUCCCUUCUGUCCCAGGGGAUCAAACAGAAGCAGCCGUGGGCAAAAUACAAUUUCAUUUAACAAAUUGAA